AAAUAGUUGUGGUGUAAACCAAAAAAGGUUCUACGCAUGCAGCGGAAUUCUGUUCUGAUUUGGAUCCUGUGCUCCCCAGCUUCUACGCAUGCAGCGGAAUUCUGUUCUGAUUUGAAUCUUGUUAUCUCCGACACUUUUCGUCGUUUUCGAUGAUAAAUUUUCGUUUUCCUUUCUUGCAAACCAUGCCCAUUCGGCUGGAGCACCAAGAUCUCGAUUCGUUUGCUGAAUUGAGCUCUGUCUGAUUCAAUUACAGGGAUGGAGAGCGACGAGGAGACAAGGAGAGUGCCGGAGCUGGGCCUGGAGCUGCCGGGCGGCCCUUCCACGUCGGGCAGGGUGGCCGGCCAGGGUGCCGGCGGCCCGGACCGCGCCCAGUCCUCCACGGCGCAGGCCAGCGCGCGCCGCCGCGUGCGCAGCCCCGCGGACAAGGAGCACAAGCGCCUCAAAAGAUUACUAAGGAACCGGGUAUCAGCCCAGCAGUCAAGAGAGAGGAAGAAGGCUUAUUUGACUGAUCUAGAGGUGAAGGUGAAGGAACUGGAGAAGAAGAUUCGGAGAUGGAAGAGAGGCUCUCCACCCUCCAGAAUGAGAGCUAGAUGCUCCGACAGGUACACUUUGUUUGAUUCGCAUCCAUUGAUUGCUAAGUAUUUGGUUUGUACAAAUUUAUGUGUAGUUGAUUAUUUGGCAUUCUGUCGGUUUUGGUUGGUACAUGUUAGCUUCAUCGGUUAUGGACACAAUGUUAAUUUCCUAUCUCUAUUGUACUCAUAAGUCAUAUCUUGUCUGUUCCAUCAGAAUUGAAACCACUGUCUUAUAUUCAUAUUUUUAUUCUUCUUUUGGACUAUAUUUUUAUUAUUAUGUUACUAGCUCCUUUAGUGCCUGUUGGUGCACAAACAAGAUUUGUUGGUUAAUGGAUUGUAUUCUAUAUGAUCAUGGAAUUUGGAAUUAUAUUGGGAUGAAAGGUUUUUUGUUUGUUAAAUAAUGGUGACC